AUGCUUGUACUUAGCUCUCCCGCCCAACUUGAAGGUGUUACCACUCCAUGGCUCACCACCCCGUGUGCCAAACCCCAUCUCGACUGUCAACGCGGUCUUCUUCACAGUUUCAAAGCGGGUCGCCACUCGCGAACAUUUCUUCAGCAAGGCCUCUCGUUCGUGCCACUCACCCAACUUCCCCCCUUCACCUCUACGAAGCUCUUGCUGGAGACGGUUUGCAACCUAGCUUAUCUCUCGGCCAAUGCGCCACCACACCCGAAGAUCGAGAGGGAGCGGCUCUCCUUCGGGCUCUCCAACUCUGUACACGCCUUUGCCGCUGCCUUCGCCGUCGCCUUCGCCAUCGCCGUCGCCGUCGCCUUCGCCUUCACCUUCGCCAUCACCAUCACCAUCACCAUCACCAUCGCCUUUGCCAUCGACUUCUACUUCGUCCUCGUCCUCGUCCUCGUCCUUGUUCUUGUCCUUGUUCUCGUCCUCGUCCUCGUCCACUCUCUCUCUCUCACCGCCUUCAUCACUAUCUUCGGGGAUCUCACACGGCCACGCCCAUCACUCGUACCCAUCGUCGGACGCAAAUCAUCGCAUGUUUCUCCCAAGACGCAGAGCUCCUUGACGUCUUCGAGUCUCGGCAAGCGCUCGCGAAUACCAGAAACGCACCUAGGUCCUAAUGGCGAAGACUCUUGCGAGGAAUAUCCUUAUGACCACGUGAACUGCCAAAUCUACAAGGUCCGGGAGGUCAAUGGGCCCGGGAGCGCGAAGGUGUAUUUCAAUCGAGCGCUGGUCAAACUUGAGAUCGUCAAGGUUGGCGUUAAGGUCGACAAGAAGGAAUACCUCAAACACGCGGAGCCUGACCCACAUGACGAAUCAUAUUGGCACUGCACCUACCAGAAGAUAGCGAACGACGAGCCAAUCAGAUGUGGCUAUCGGUCAAAAAGACACCUCGUCAAGCGUCAUGUGGAAGGCAGGCACUUGAAAUUCAAGCGCUUUCAGUGCAGCUGGUGCAAGAGGUAG